AUGAAUUCAAGUAUCAAUUACGAUGAUGCCUCCCAGAAAUCAUCUACAGUUGAUGGUCUGGUGGAUGAUAACAAAAUUCCUGUGUACCAGGGGUUUGACCAAGGAGUCUCAUCUCAGGUGCAUAACUUGGCCCGCACAAUGAGUAGAACAUCGGAAGAGAAACCAUCCUCGUUGGCUAGAACAUUGAGCAAUAUGUCACAGGUUCCGGGAGUAAAUCCAAUGGCUAAGGAAGAUGGAGAAAUAGAUCUCAGAUUAGACCCUGAUUCAGAAAAUUUUGAUUCAAAGUUCUGGGUGAAAAACCUCCGGAAGAUGUACAAUUCUGACCCUGCGUAUUAUAAGCCGUCAUCAUUGGGGGUGGCAUAUAAAGAUCUUCGGGCUUAUGGUAUUGCUACAGAUGCUGAUUAUCAGGCUGAUGUAGGCAACGUUGUCUACAAGUCAAUUUCUCAAACUAUCAAGGGAUUUAUCGAUAG